CCUAUAAACAGACUUUCAUUUUCUUUAUGCAAAAUAUAAUUCCUUGUUUACUUUUGUUUUUGGGGUGAAAUACAAAAUUAAUAUGGUCUUGACAGGUUAUAUGACAUUCAUCCUGAUAUAUUUUCCUAACCAAUUCACUGCUGAAAAAAACUUUUAUUUUGUGGCAGCUUAGCCAUUAUUUCCUCUUUCUAACAUAAAACAACAUCAUUUUACUGCUAAUAUUGAUUUGUUAACAUACACAAUAUGUUUUGAAGAUUAGUUGAUAUUGCUUUGUUAUCUGUAUUUGCAGGUAUAAUGAAAUUACAUUAAUAUCACUUUGUAAAUUUAAGAUAUGAUUUCAUGGUCUUAUUCUCUGACAGAUCUGGAUCAGAAUGGCAACACUUAACAAUACUGGAGUAACUAAUGAUAGUCAAGUCUACCGUUGUGAGUUAAAAGAGAACUUCAAGUACAUUCUCCUCCCGGUGAGUUACACUCUGGUGUUUGUGUUCGGUCUGGGGUUGAACAUCACAGCCAUGUUUUUCAUCUUGUUUCGCACCAAACACUGGAAGCCCAGCACCAUCUACAUGAUCAACCUCAACGUCUGUGACACGCUUUACAUCCUCACCCUGCCGUUCCUCAUCUACUAUUACGCUGAUAAGAACGACUGGCCAUUCGGUGAGGUGAUGUGUAAGCUGAUUCGCUUUCUCUUCUACACAAACCUCUACGGAAGCAUCCUCUUCCUCAGCUGCAUCAGUCUGCAUCGCUUUUUAGGCAUCUGCCACCCAAUGCGCUCUUUGUACUGGAUGAAUGGCCGGCAUGCUCGUAUGGUUUCUGUGGGAAUAUGGGUGAUCAUUCUCAUCUUACAGGCACCGAUUCUUUAUUUCUCCCAGAUGAGACGUAAUGAUAAGGAUCUGGUCUGUCAUGACACCACCAUCAAGGAGCUCUUCAAUGACUUUCUGGUCUACACCUCGGUGGUGAUGUUCCUGCUCUUUGUCAUACCGUUUGGAGUGGUGCUGGUCUGCAACGGCCUGAUGGUGAAGAAACUUCUUGAUCCCAGCGGUCUCAGAGAACCAAUGUCACAGCGUUCCAAACAGAAGUCAGUGAAGAUGAUUAUUAUUGUGCUUCUGGCUUUCGUGUUGUGCUUCUUGCCUUUCCAUGUGAACCGCAGUAUAUACUACACCUUUCGUUACCUGGACAAACAUGAAUGCAACAUAAUACGAUUCUCCAACAAUGCCUACAAGGUCACGCGACCUCUGGUCAGUCUCAACAGCUGCAUCGACCCCAUCCUCUACUUCAUGGCAGGACAGAGCUUCAGAAACCACAUCAACAAGAAAUCAAGCAUAAAGUCUGAAAAAACCCUUUCAACAUUAAAAAAUAUGAAGCAGCAGAUACGUUUUCAACACCAAGAAGAAGAAAAAGAAGAAAAAGAAGAAGAAGAAAUGUUUCUUUAAGCAGCAUAUAAGAACGGUUUCUGAACAAUCAUGUUACACUGAAGACUGGAGUAAAGAUGCUUUGCAUCAUAUUAAUAAAUUACAUGUUACACUGUAUUCAUAAAGAAAAAAGUUAUUUCAGUUUUUAAUGAAUUUUUGAUCAAAUUAAUGCAGCCUUGGUGAGCAGCAGAUUUCUUUUUCUUUUUUUCAAAAUCAUUAAAAAAAUCUCACCAACCCCAAACUUCUGAAUGGUAUAUUACCAAAAAAACCAUCAUAAAUAUACAGCAUGGAGAUGUAAAGCAUUUAACAUCAGUCUGUAUAGAUGAAGAGAUGUAAAGAUGAAUUUCCACAUCUCGGAUACUGAAGUAAAGUUCUUUAUUUCAAGAGUAUAAAUAUAAAAAAACAACAACAUUACUAUUAGAAUAAUAAAUAAAAGCAACAACAACAACACAGUGCUGAGGUUCCCCUUACCUUUUCAUCCUAGUUGAUCUUUGCAAAGUAAGGUGUAACAGUGACUGUGAUGGUAUUCAAGAAAUGAUUGCAAACAAACACGUGUGUAAUGUAUCAAAAUUAACUUUAUAUCAAAUGUGCAUGUAAAUGUAACAAAAUUGCUACUUGAGUAGCCUUGCCUGUCACUACUUUCUCAGAACUACAAAUAAAUACAACUGAAGAAGGAAAUGAUGAAACAGAGUAUAUAUAUUUCAUAAUAUACAUUUUUCAGUUACCUCAGUAUGUUGUGACGAAACGUUCAUGAAAACACCAAUUUCACACUUUGAGCAAAGCUGAGCUGAGUACCGUAACCAUUCAGU